GAACCCUCGAUCCACGAAAGGAAUGCGCCUGUGCCUGGGUCCUUUCAAGGUCUGAGAAAACCUCGGAGUCUCUCUUGCCAGCACAUUCAUAUCGGCUUUGUUAACAACAAAUAUUAUGACUCAUUUAACGACUCCGCACUUAUGAUGCAUGUUAUAGGUCUGCUGAAGGCCACAAAUGCGACUCUCCACUUUCACCACUAUGCUACUCUACAGGACCUAGUCAUAAAAGGAUUGGCCGAUGGCUCGAUCGACGUAUUCUUGCACAAGGAAAUAUACACUUACUACUUCUUGAGAUUAUUUGAUUUUCCAAGAGUUUUGAUGUACGAAUAUCCAACGUUUUACGCCAAUGCAAACGCGACUCGUUUGUUAUCACCCGGAGAUGUCUUUGCUCAUUCCUCAACAGCGAUCGUCCUAUUUUUCUUAUCACUCUGCUUUUGUCUACUGAUACUGUGCUUCAUCGACCGGACGGAGUUUGGUACUUUGCGUAACGUCUCAGAUACGGGAUUGUUUUUGUUCGCCACGUUGUAUGCAACAUCAUCCGUAAUCCCGUACACGCGCCGACGAACGGGUCUUCGAAGAAGUGUGUAUGCUAUCUGGCUCCUGAGCAUCCUCCCGCUGUCCACUUACUUCCGAGGGCAGAUGACGUCGUGGUUGAGUACCAACGUCCCAGAAAAUGUCUUGGACACGUUGGAAGAACUGCGCCAGGGCUUGGACAGCGGUACGGUGGCUCCUUGCGUUGUUAAUAAAACGCCAUUGCACCACAUUCUACGAGACACGUCAAUAAAAUCAAACGCCAUCAAGACUUUCCAACUGAAUGUAACCUAUUCCCCACUCAUGAAGCAACUCAUGACAGCAUUCAGACAGGGCCAAGAAGAAAACCUUGUGGCAAGCAGCUUUGAAGACUGCGUUCUCUGCGCCAGAAGAAACGAUCGGGUCUGCUUCACGAACGAGGCGAAAUUGUGCACCAUCAAACCUGUAAGCCUAGACGUCUCUGUGUUCAAGGAACAUUACAAUCAUUACAUGACGACGACUCCAGUUCGGAAGAACUUUCACCUGAAGGAGGCUUUCAGGAACUUUCUCGGGACUGUCCGCGAGUCGUCUCUCUUACACAACCGUUCUCAUUUCAGGUGCGAGUAUGAAGCAGGGCAGGUCCAGGAUCCUCCAGGCGUCCGAUUCGAACUUUGGGGCUUCUUUCAAUAUUAUGCGGCGAUUCUGAGCGCCACGGUAAUAGUGUUGCUGCUGGAACUGAUUGUGUCGCUUUAAAAGCUCCGGCAAUGUUUUAUCACCCCAAACUAAACAUAUUUCCGGAAUAUCCAAGCUUUGCUCCUUCUGGUAUGAUAUUUAUUAUCUAUAAAUUCAAAGCAUCUCUUGAGAAACCGGCAAAUGAAAGUUAUGCCAAAACCAUCAUUCAAAGUUUUCCGCGUCCACCAGUGUGAUUACCCCACAUGUUGUAUAACUUGCAAGUUUACCAGGCAGUCUAAAAACUCAGUAGUUUGCACUGUUUAAUUGUUUUACCGGCGUAAGGUUUUAGAGCAUUUAUUUCAUACAAGCAAACGUCUCGUAAUCCGUCAGGACGAAGCGGUACAGCGUCAUAUUUCGACAUUCGACGUCACGUUUUCGGUGUUGCCUGUAGAACCUCGCAGCCUUUCAGACCAACAUUCAAACUUCAAUUAGUUAGUAAAAAGAGAUUAUUGUGACUUGUAAGAUGGUAUAAUAGUUCAGGUGUGUCUAUUAACCUGUUAAAUUAAUUCCAAGGCAAAUCAUGGACGCAACAUUUUGCCGGAGCACCCUAGCCCGAGUAACGCGAAACUUUCUGUAGCCUACUUAAGCGAAGAUCGAGAGCAACGUCAGACCCGAAACCAUCAACCACGUCGGAGUGCAGCUAAGGACGGAGCUCUCGCCGACCAUUUGCAAAUAUGGUUAUGGCUCGCCUCCCGCUGCGUCUUACCUCCAUUCCAAAUUUUUGUUUUGACAUCCACGCAGAUGACAUAACUCUCAAGUCCACGACAUGCAACGUUGGGGAUCAAGGGCAGGCACUAAAGUGCGGCCUCGACGCUCUUCAUUCUUUUGUAGACGGCGUUUUAAUGACCGUUUCUCCAGAGAAGUCUGUGUACAUCGUAGUACCCUCUGGCCCCAAAAACCUCGCCCACGAAAUCCGCUUUAUUAACAACCUGACAAUAAACAGCAUCACUAUGCGCAGAAGGCCCACAGUGAGCAUUCUCGGACUAUUCAUAAACCUGGACGGCAAAGCCGGGACGUGGCUCAGUACGGUUAAGUAAGAAGGUACCCAAAUUCUUCACUUGAUACGACGAGUCACCAACCGUAAGUGUGGCACAGGCGAUAAAGAGAGCAGAUAGCUCGUCCAGGCCCUCUUACCCUAACACAACGCCUACUCGACGCUGUCGAGAACCUCAACAAGGAAGUGAUCCGGCUUAUCACCGGCCUUUCGAAGCACAGCUGGUUCUCGGACCUAUACGCUCACAGUAAACUCAACAAGCCCGAGGAUGGAGCUGAGCAACUGAAGCCUGCCUAGCUCACUCGGCUGUGGGGUACCAAGCCAGGCUGGGCCAUCCUCCAAGGGAUCGGCGCCUGCCAUCGUCCGCACCACAACCACUGCCUCUCCCGCCACCACCCUUGGAAAGCCAAAUGAUCUGAAUAGCUGAUGCUCCCUUACCCUGACGCGUGUACGCCAAGCAUCUAGAGCGAUGAGCUUAUCAUGCCAAGGCGCACGAACGGCAAGCCGCGUUCCCGAACUCUCAGCGUCACGUCGUUUACUACACGGACGCUGCUAGCGGCCAUGUUGCUACACAGGGAGCACCGCCAGCGUCUGCUGUGUGGGUUAGCGUAUCCCACUUCGACUUAUGGUCCCUUUUGCUCACAAAGGAGUAGGUAUUAAGGGCGCCGAGUUAGAAGCCAUUUUGCAAGCAGCCUAACAUGCGGAACAGAAUUACUCAGAAGCAUCAACCACUAACAUCCCCAUCUACACAGACUCGCAAGUGUCUUACUUGGAGUGCCGCUAAGCAUCCGAGUAGGCGAGCGACCGUGUGAACAAACGCUUCGGCAUCGGAUACCGCCUUCAUUUAAACCACUACACUCAAAUCCGUGUCGCCUGGGUACCCGCCAACUUGGUUAUUCAGGAAAGCUAAUGUGCCCAUAACGAGGCGCGUGCACCACUAAGCGAAUCUUCCGCUGCUACUCGUACCCGCCAACCACACUCGCAACACGACACCCAACCGGACCUCACUGAAAGAGCCGCGCUCGCCAAGUUGGAGCGAAAGAGAACACUCCGCAACCUGAGGCUGCGGCCUCGAGUUUCAACCGACACAACAGGAUGAUAUCCACAAUGCCAGCAGGAGUAAGCCGCAUGA